CAACGGCGAAAGUGUGCCUUGCCCUGCGUGCGUUGCCAACUGGCCCGACUCUGUUAUUCCCUGGCACAGAGGUCACGCAGGCAGGAAAAAAAGACGCAGCUUGGCACAACACCAUCCAUCUGACCCCUCCACCCCUCCUCCCUCUUGCCCAGACGUCGAAUCGGAAGUUUGCAUUCGGGCCGCGACGCGGUGGGCUUGGGCGCCUUUUCCCAUCUGCAGUGCUUUGCUGUUAAAAACACGGGGGAUAAAGAACGAGGUUCGCCGGGGGUGGUCUGUGGGCUGUGGGCUUUUGUGUACCCAUUGGGCUUGAACGGAGAGCACACCUGGGAAGCAGUGCCGGCAAGUAGCCGAGCGUGUGGCCGGCAUCUCUGGCUCGUCUUUGGGUCAUUAAAAAGGCAUAUUUUCCACAGCUGGCCCAUCAGUCGGUCAUCUUGGAUCGGCGACAUCUACUUCUAACCGGCUUCAACAGUCACCAGCGCACGUAUAAGAGAGUCCAGACUAGACGUACAAACCCCUCCCGAACCUCGUCCCCUUUCAUGUCCGAAUCCCCAACCAAGCACACACCCACAUACCCACACACAUAGGCCAGAGCACACAGAAGCGGCCAUGAUGCACAACCAAGCCCUUCUCCCGACCUACCUCAAAGGGAUCGGAGGCUGGUGUGACCCCGCCCUGGAAAACGCCAAAGCCAUGCGUCUGCCCAAGACGCCCGCCAUGCCCGUGUCGGAGCGACGAGACAGCAGCGAAGCAACCCGGCCGACAAGCGGGCACCCGCAGACACAGCAGCAACAGCAGCAGCAGCAGCAGCAUCAGCGACACCAGACCGAGAGAGCCAAGCCCAGAGGUGUUACGAACAGCACCUUGACGAGGGCGCCGUCGCCACCAUCGUCCAGGAACGCGACGCCCGCCGUGACCACGACCAAGUCGGCAACCGCAAGACCCAGGCACCGGCAAUUCCACGCGCCCAAGAUACUCGCCGCAGAGCUCCUCGGCCCUAAGAGCUGGCACACCGAGCGGGAGGACUGGGUGCGGUCCCCCGCCGCCACUCCCAACGCCGCCUACAAGGCCAUGCCGCUGCUGGCCCCGCCGGCGCGGUGAACACACCUGGCGGGAAAAAGGCAGAAAAAUAAAAAGGCAACCGCCGGACAUUUUGCGUAGCCGAGCCCUGAACUGCGGCGCACCCAGGCGGGGUCGAUUGAGGAGGGGAGGGAAUGGGAGGUGGUGUGCGUGCCAAUCUCUCCUGAUCUGGCUGGCACCACACCACCACCACCCUCAUCCUCGUCAGAUUCGCUGCCCAACCGUGCCAACCACACCAGGAAGCGGCCGGCCGUCUCCUCCCCAUCCAUCGUGUGUGCUGCCUAGGUUGGCCACACCACACCCUUCUCUUCAGCCUUGAGGCUUGUCCGCCUGGAAAGUCACGCCAUGCCCAGCCGACCAGAAAAGGAGCCCUGGCGAGGGGCCUUUUGGAGGGGUCGCAGCAUGAGCUGGUAGGACUGUCUAAGAUGGGGCUCCUCCCGAAAUCUAGCGCUGCAUGUCUCAACUCAUCUCGGCGCAACUCAUCUCGAUUGCAUCGUCUCUUGUGGGUGCGAGCCACUGCUUUUGCAUCAUUGAUCAAGCGUCGCUUCGGACAGGGAAAAGAGGAGAAGAGGAUAGAAUAGACACAUCAACAACACAACCAGCCCAGGUCGGGCCUCAGCUGCAGCCCAAGGUUUGAGUUUGUGUUUAUAUUGGAGCUGCCACGGAUGCAAUACUGGCAGAGCCACAUAGCAGGAUUUAUUUAAUACUACGUUAGCGACCCGGGAAAAACACAAGAUUGCAUAUGCAAACAUUCACAUGUGCCG